UCUGGACUAGUCGUCUUGGCGCACGCGAGCUCGAGCAUGACGUCGACGCGUCUGUACGUCAACACCAUUUAAACCCAGAACGCAGUCAGGUACUACAGUGCUUGAUGUCUCUGCAACGCACUAAGACACAGCAUGCGCCAGAAGCCUGAUUGGCAGGCCCCACGUCACACGUAGGAAGUGGCAAACUGUUCUACCCAGCCUCCUACAACUACACAAAGGCAGUCAGUGAGACAGUUUGGUUCAUCACUAGACACACCGCUGCCUAAAACUAUAACUACCACUUGCUCUGUAUUGCAUUCUUACCUUGACCCACCCAACCGUCAGCCCUACGUCACAGACCUUGAUACCAUCAACUUAGAAUAUGGGCACACGUUCCCGGCGGCUCGAACACAGCUUGGGAAGUAGCUGGGGCGACGCUGACUACGCAUCCGGCGACGAAGGUUCCAUUCAUUCGGCCAGCGAAGAAGCCAGCGAAUUGGAACUAGAGGACUCUGACAAAGAAACUGUACAAGAACCACGAACGACCGUGACACCCAGACCUAAGCGCAAUCACCUCAGCAAGUCAACACCUACAGCGCAAACGCAGGCUCGGUCCGUGAGGAAGCCAGCGAGUCGGGCCAAAGCCAGUCAGUCGCAAAGGAUAGGAUCCGACAGAACACCGAAACAAGACGCAUCGGAGCCGAGCUUCAUCAUGCCUUCCAUGAGCAAUCCGCAAAGUGGCUACGGUGGCUCGCCAGGUCCGAAGCCUCAGGCGCGGAAUCGAGUAAGAAAUACGACCCAGAACCGCCCAUCAGACUCGCCCCUUGCACCAGGUAGCUCUUUCAUGAAAGGGUCCGCCACCGGGUACCCGCAAGCGCCACAACAGAACCAGGAAGAAGUGAGCCCAUGGCACUACGUGAACCUCUUCUGGAACAACGUCGUCGCACCACUCCUCGCUCACUUUCUAGACAUCUUCUCCUACGCAAUGCGACACUUUAUCAAGCCUUUCCUGGGGGUCGUCCUUGGUGUUGGUAUCCUAGUCUUCAGCAUCCAGCUAGCAUCCGGGAUCCUACGAUCCACGGUAUCUAACGCUGUCAUGGGGCCUGUUUGCGCGAUUCCAGGCUCUUCCUACCUUAUCGCUGCAUGCGCUUCGCUACACACGUCAGAACCUCAAGCCGACUUCGAAGAACUCAUCAAUAUUCAAAGUCGCUUUGAGGAUAUCUUGGAUGCAUCGAAGGAUACGUCUGCCCUGCCGGCCACGAUCAAGAACUCUGAGCUAGCGAUUCGCGAUUUGCGUAUCUUGGUCAAACACUCUCGUCUUCCGAGCCGCAAGGCACUGGACAACGAAUUCGAGUACUUUGUACAAACAGCCAAUGAGGCUUCCGUCGAUCUUUCCCGUUACAACAGUCGUAUAGGAGCAGCUAUGGAUCGUGUAAUUGCGACAAAUACCUGGACCAUGAACGUGUUGUCCGGUAUCUCGGAGAAAGAGGCUUCUAUUGGCGCCGUUGGCCGAGUCAUCAACCAGCUUACGGGUGCGUUUGUUGCGCCGCCGCCAACGCUCCAACAACGUAUUUUCGAUCAGUACGUCUCGCACGUCAGCAAGAACAAAGAUGAAAUUACUCGUCUCAUCGAAACAGCCCAAGCUCUCCUUCUUGUGCUGCACAACCUCGAUGAGCGACUAGGUACCAUCUACGAAAUUGCAACAAGCGAUGAUCAGACUAUAACGGGUAGGCAAGAAGAGCUUCUUUCUAGCCUCUGGACAAAGCUCGGUGGUAACCGCGGCGAUGUAAAAGCCAACACCAAGUCUCUCAAUCUACUUGCCAACAUUGGUGCCUAUCGCAAGAGAGCGGUCAAUCAUGUGUCCGGCACACUUCUCAAGCUACAAGAGAUCCAGGCCGAGUUGGAGAACUUGCGCGAGGGCGUUGCGGCGCCAGAGAUGUUGGGAUAUAGAAGUGAUCUACCUUUGGAGUACCACAUUGAUGCUAUUGGGAAGGGUGUGGAGAGGUUGCAGGUCAGCCGCGGAGAACACAUGAGGGUUGAGGGAGAUACGUAUAAGAGGCUUAUGCGUGGUGGCGAUGAGGCCGAAGGUAGGAGGGAAUUGCCUGGACCGACGGUCACCGUGAGGGCGAAAUAGUAAGAUCGUCUCGACAUUGGGAACCUUGGAUAAACUUGGAUUACUACUUUGAUACUCUUUGACAGCGUUCAUGAGAUUGACUCUACUUUUUGACUUUAGGUUUUCUACUUUGGUACAUCCCUAGAUACCCAUCUCAUCCAUAGCUCAUAACCUCAAUGAAUCAUUCUUUCUUACAAAGUUCAAUACAUCUGCACCUCAACCAAACAUCUCCUUACACCUCC